ACAAGCCCGGGCUGGGGCUGGGGCGGGGGCCGGGCAGCCUGGACGUAGAUGGGAAGAGCCGAUUCGUCGGCCGCUGCCGCAGGUGGCUGCGAGGAGGCCCGGAGCUGCCACCGGGUGGGGACCCGGCCGGGCUCCCCCUCCACCCUCCGGACGCGCCGCGACCGCGCGGACCGCGCUCUCUCCGCGACAGCCGGGCCUCGGCGCGCUCGGGUCCGGGACGCCGCCGGACACCUGUCGCCCGGGAGGCGUCGGGCGUUCCUCUCACGGCAGGAUCUGGAAAAUUUUUAUAUCAACUUUAACAAUACAUUGGAUACCUCCCCUACAAACCCAAGAGGAAAUGAUGAAAUGCUUUAAUUAUUAAAACUACGAUUGGAAUCAUGGCUACAACAUCGAAUCUGGAUAUGGGCACCCAGCUGAAAGUGGAAGAGUGUGCCAGCAGUUACAGUUUAGCUGGCAUGCCCGACAUUAAACUAGAGCAUUCACUGGACCCAACCGCAGAGGAAGGAUCAGCACAGGGCAUUGCCAUGGGAAUGAAGUUCAUACUGCCUAACCGAUUUGAUAUGAACGUGUGUUCUCGAUUCGUCAAGUCCUUAAAUGAAGAGGAUAGUAAAAAUAUUCAAGAUCAGGUUAACUCUGACCUGGAAGUGGCAUCUGUCCUAUUUAAAGCGGAGUGCAAUAUCCAUACAUCUCCUUCUCCGGGAAUUCAAGUAAGGCAUGUCUACACUCCCUCUACAACAAAGCACUUCUCACCUAUUAAACAGUCGACCACUUUGACCAACAAACACAGAGGAAAUGAGGUCUCAACCACACCUCUGUUAGCCAAUUCUCUGUCUGUUCACCAGUUGGCUGCUCAAGGAGAGAUGCUGUACCUGGCCACUCGUAUUGAACAAGAAAAUGUUAUCAAUCACACGGAUGAAGAAGGAUUUACUCCUCUGAUGUGGGCUGCAGCACACGGGCAGAUAGCUGUGGUAGAGUUUCUCCUUCAGAAUGGUGCUGAUCCACAACUCUUAGGAAAAGGCCGAGAAAGUGCACUAUCAUUGGCCUGUAGUAAAGGCUAUACAGACAUUGUCAAAAUGCUGCUUGACUGUGGAGUCGAUGUAAAUGAAUAUGAUUGGAAUGGAGGGACACCUUUGCUUUAUGCUGUACAUGGGAAUCACGUGAAAUGUGUAAAAAUGCUCUUAGAAAAUGGAGCUGACCCAACAAUUGAAACUGACUCUGGAUAUAAUUCUAUGGAUUUAGCUGUAGCCUUGGGCUAUAGAAGUGUUCAACAGGUUAUCGAGUCCCAUUUGUUGAAGCUGCUUCAGAAUAUCAAGGAGUAGACACAGUCAUCUGAAAGUGCUGUCUUCUCCUUUUGUUUACUUUUUGGCCCUUAAAAAUAAUUGUUUUGUUUACUUACAGAUUUUUUACCUCAGUUGCAAUAUUUACUGAUUUUUAGUAAGUUUUAAUAUUACUCUGAGUAAUUCACUGGUUUGUAAUAAAAUUAAUAUCAGUGCUUUUUUUAUAAAUGUUUUACUGUGUAUUUAAAAUUAUAAAUUAAUGUUUUGUGACUUGUAAAUUUUUAAAGUACAGAUAGUUAUUUGUCUUUGUAUCAAGUGAUGUAAUUUAACAUUUUCAGAAAUUAUUCUACCUAUUCAUCUUCACUUAUUUUAACUCAUUGACUUUAUAUAGGGUUUGCUAUAAGUCCAUAAAAGAAAAAAUUUGUUAUUGUUGAAUUUAAAAUGCACAGUGUGAUUGUUUACAAAAUUAUGUUAUAAAUAAAGUACUUUCUCUGUUA